AAAGAACUGAAGUCAGUUAAAAAAAUUUAUAAUGGAAAUCCUAUAACAUAUAAAGAUAAACUAAACGCUGUUAUAACAUCUGGCAAAUUUGAAGAUACUAAUUUAACAGAUAGCAUUUCAAUAAAAGAAGAUGGAAACACAUAUACUUUUAAAUCUCCUACUUUACCAGGAGAGGAUUAUUGGGUGAUACAACACUAUAAAACCAAAAAUAUUGCAAAUAUUGCUCUUCAAGACAGAUGGAAACAGGCUGAAUGUUCAAUUAAAUUAAUAACGUCUAACAUCCGUGGAAGUAAAGAUGUUAAUAUUAAUAAAAAAAUGCACGCUAUUGUAGUAAUACAGAAAAGGAUAAAAUAUUGGAUGAACUUUAAUAGUCCUAAAAGUGAAUUUCUUUAAUUCUUACCUUUAUUUCACUUCUCGUAUAACAUACAGAUCUUGAAUUGAAAAAUAUAUUAAAAUAAUUGAACACACUUAUGAAUAUUUAAUACUCAGAUAUAAUUGACAAGUCUCGUCAAUACUCUGCAGGCGUACAAUAAAAAACGUGUUAAUCUUCUUUGUAUGGUGACUAGUAACCGAUCGACCCUCUUGCUGGCGAUACAGGCCUAUUUAUGCCCUUUGGAGUAUUAACAAGAUUACCCUUCAUACCGUCAUUUAUUGAUAAUUAUUAUAAUUGUUUUUACAAUUUUAGAAAAUGUCUUAAUAUUAAUAGUGUAAUAUUUAUGUUGUUAUCUUUUGAAAUUUGUUUGAUUAUAUUGUGUGAUGCUAGCCGACAUCAAUUGGAAUAUGGAGGUGAUUUUGAUAUAAAUGAAAUGUGUUCAUUAAAUAAUUAUAAUGUAACUAUCCGAUGGUUUAUUAUUGCCGCUUUAGACAAUUAUUUAUUUUUUAUAGAGUUGCUAUUAUAUUAAAUGU